UCCACCCGUGAAGGAACGGCGCGGAGGCGGAACUACAGCGGCGGGCAGAGCCGUGCCGUGCUGCCCGGAGCGCGGCCGCGUUGCACCGGGGAAGCAUGGAGGAGCAGGCGGCCGGGCGGGCGGAGGAGCCGCGCGGGCACGCGGAGGGCGGCUCGGGAGCCGAGAAGGGCCGGGCGGGGGGGAGCGGCGACUGGAUGGCCGCUCAUCCCACGUUCACAGCAAUGAUGUCCCUCGAUAUAUCCGACAGCUCUCAGAUCUAUGCUGCGUUCCUGGUGUACCUGGACCUCCUGGAAGGGAGAAGCUGGCAUGAAGUGAAGCAUGUUGGAUUAGCAGAACUGCAGCUCGUAUGUUUACAUGCCCGUGAAAGAGAAGAGGGUGAUCUCCAAGUGAUGGUACCAAUACCUGCAGAUGUAUUAGUGAGCCAUGAGAGGUUAAGAGAAAUCAUGAAGAAAGCUGCUCUCCCCCACGACGACCCUGACACCCCGCUGUCAAUUACCUUGGCCAUAGUUGAGACAGAUUCCACAAUAGUCUACUAUAAAAUGACUGAUGGCUUUGUGUUACCAGAGCCUCCUGAUGAUACUGAAGAUGCAGACAAUAAACAGUGGAAGAGGAAAAGACGGAAGCUUUCCAAAUAACGAAGACAAACAGACUUUUCUUGAACUACUCAAACAAAAAUCCAGGAACUUAAGUGUGUAAAUAAGCAGUGUGCAGAAGUCUGCCUUCUGCAUAUCAAGUGCAUGUUCAUGGAGCAUGGAGUUUUCUUGCAGCUCCACUGUAAUAAAAUACCACUCAAAGCAUGAAAUGGGUCAUGCUUUUGAGGCAGAUUGCUCCUAAUUAAUUAAUAUAAAUAUACUUCUCAGAGGUCUGAACUGCAGGAUCUCUGAUUGAUACCCCUCUGGGUAUGUAACAGAAUGUACACAUCCUUACCCAUAUUAUAAAUACUUAAUAAAGGUCAAUCUUAACAGCAUUCCUGCCAGAAAUCGUUACUAAGUUCACAGUAUCUUCAUCUUAACGCUGUCAGAAGUGCUUGUGCUACCUCCCAGGUUACGUUUCUGAAGGCUUCCUGCAGAAGUAACUACAUCUUUCACAUAACAGCCUUCUUCAGAUUAAACUUGAUGCCAUCCUACUAAAAGCUUCCUGAGUAAAAA